CCGUGCAAGCAAGCACGGAGACGGCGAGAUGAAGUACCAGGGCACCGUGUGCAAUAAGAGGUUCUUCUUUAACACCGCCCUCAAGUUCCAUCUCAAUGUACAUAACAGACACACGUGCACCCAGUGCGACGCCAAGUUUACCAGCACCGAGAACUUGGAGGCUCACAUGAAGGCCCAUGAGCCGCUAGACCAGCCUCUAGACGCCCUGCCUAUCCUGGACACGUUAGAAUUCAACGACUUUGCCGACUAUGCGCUCGACUCCGCCUUCUGGGUCCUGGGGAACGAGUUGUAGAUGGGUGAGUCAAUCAUUCGUUGCCAUGGUUACGUGCUUAGGUCAGGG